ACCCCGCUGACGGAAGCUGAUGGGGAAGGAGAGGCUCAUCCCCAGACGGUGGAAGGGGAAGCCCCUGGAGCAGCAUCAGCAGCAUCAGCACAACACACACCGGCGCCGUCCCAACAACCCAGCCGGCAGCAAGUCUCCGGGGCACCCUCCUUACAGCAGACCAGCCGGCAGCAAGUCUCCCGGGCACCCUCCUUACAGAAGACCAGCCGACAGCAAGUCUCCGGGGCACCCUCGUUACAGCAGACCAGCCGACAGCAAGUCUCCAGAGCACCUUCCAUACAGCUGACCAGCCGACAGCAAGUCUCCCGAACACCCUCCUUUCAGCAGACGAGCCGGCAGGAUGUUCUUGCGGAGAGACGGAGGAGUGCGGACGGCAGGAUGGGCUCUGUUGGCGGUACAGGAGCGCCCGGCCUGCACGACGAGGGAGAUGAGAUGAGCUCGGCAAGCGAAGUGACCGCGUCAAGUACCGAAGAGUCGGUGGGUGGUGAAGAAGCCUACGACGAAAAGGACUUAAUCUCGGGGCCACGGCUGUCGGAGAACAGCACCGUGCCCCCCAAUAUUCUAGAAUUUCAACAUUCGUUCGGCUACGACUGCCAGCUGCACUCCAACCUGUGCGUCCUCGACCCCGACACGCUGGCCUUCAUUUCCGGAGACCUGAUCCACUUUUUCCGCAUUUCGGACAGAAAAAUGUGGUUCAGGAGGAGCGCCGGUGGUGCCGGUCUGGGGCACAUCGCGAAAAACCCCGUCCAGCCACACUUUGCUGUAGGGGAGAGGGGUAAGCGGCCAAAGAUCAUCGUGUACGAGUGGCCGACCCUGAAGGUCGUGGCGCUGUUGCGGCAGGGCGCUGAGCGGGCAUUCACAUUCCUCAACUACAGGUGAGUAUCUUGAAUUACAUCUCAGCAAUGACGUGUGUCAAUGUAAUCAUUCCCCCCCCCCCACCACUUUUUCCAGUGUGGACGGCGACCUGCUGUGCUCCAUGGCCGGGUCACCGGACAACUUCUUCACCGUCUGGGACUGGAAGGCCUCGCGCAUCAUGCUGCGCGCCAAGUCCGCCGGCCAGGACGUGUUCCAUGCCGCCUUCUCCAGCUACAUGCCCGGCCACAUCACGUCCGCAGGUCAGCGUUGACGGGGUGGUGCUCGUGUAUGGACACGACGAC